AUGUCGGCACCUCCCCUUGAUUACUCGGGUAGUACCGUCGACCACGAGCGUGGUCAAAACCCUUCGACUGUGGCUCCUAUUCCAGAAGAAGGAUUUGAGAAAUACCGAGAUGGCACCCAACUUGUCGAAAUUGUCACUAUCGUCAGUCACCGUCGUUAUCGUCGCGGCUAUCGCCUUACAGUCCGCUUUAAGCCAACAGACGACGAACCUACCGGCGAACUCAGUGAAUUAACGGCAUCAUCGUUACAGCGCACGGCACCUGAACUUCUUGCCGAAUAUGCCAGGGUCCAUACUGUACCUACACUCUUACCUUCGUCACAACGAACCUGGGGGGGAUGUCACAUGCAUGAGACGUGCCACGUGCCUACUGAAUAUUAUACCCUUAUCUCGCACAGCCUUGUCGGCCAUACGGAUUAG